GUUUGGUUUAUCAAGGCAAUGGUUCUUGAUGGGAUUGUAUCUUCACCAUUGAGGAGACACCAGUCUCUAAAGAAGCAAUGGGAAGACUUGGGUAGCUGCUCAACCGUUGUUAACAGGCAUCGAUACCUCCUAACAGCAUUGCUUCUUUUGGCCUUUCUCUGCACUGUUUAUCUUUACUUUGCUGUCACUUUAGGCGCUAGGCACAACUCCUCCUGCUACGGCUUGGCUGGGAAAGAGAAGGCAAUGUGUCAAGCCAUCUCUAAAGGGAAACUCAAGUUGUUUUAAUUAUUUGUUACUACAUUCUUUUUUCUUUUAUUGAUUCUAUAAUGACAUUGUGUGUAUUGUUUCCAUUACAUGGUGAUAAACCAGAGAUUUGUAAUCUAAACAUCAAAACAUUUGCACUUCUAAAACUUCGUUUCGUACCUA